CACAGAGAAGAAACGCGGGCAGAAGAAGCAGCAACGCGAACAUUGAACCGACAUUAAGUUUGUUCUCUAUUGUGACAUUAACGUUUUCGGUGAGGUUUGUGAAGAUGAUCCCCAUGACCACAAGGAAGAGGAGGCUGGCCUCUCUGGACUCUGACAGUCACCCAGCCAAGACUGCUCUGAGGCAGGAUGUGUCUCCCAUGAAGAGGAGAGGCCCCAUGAAACCCCCUCAGUCUCCGACCAAGAAGAAACAAGUGGGGCGUCUGCGUCAGGCAGACUGUCCCUCUCCACAGAAAUCCCCCCGGAAAGCAGCAGGAUCUCCUGCCAAAUCACCUCGUAAAUCUCUGUUCAAGCCUUCCAUGAUUACAAGCUCCUUCUAUGGCCAGAAGAAGUCCGUCUAUCUCACUCCACUGGAGAGGAAGGCGAUAAAGGACUCACUGCCUUUGUCUCUUCGUCCUCUUCCUUCCCCCCCUUCUCCGGAGAAAAAGCAGCAGCAGCAGAAGAAGAAGAAUAUUGUUAAGGGAGGUAGCAAGCAGAAAAAAGUGGUUUUGGGAUCUAGUGACGCUGGAAAGUUGGGUACCAAAAGCAGCGUGACAUCUUCAAAGACGAUCACACUUUCCAAACUCAGCAGCAGUUUCACCGCUAAACCGGCCUCCACUACAACCACCCCUCCGGUCAGCUUCCCUAAGCCAAUAGAAUCGAAGAAUGCGAUCACCAUCAGCUUUUCAGCUUUCAGCAGCCUGAAGCCCAAACCCAAGAUCAUUGUAGGAGCUGCUUUCUUCGGUACAGGGAAGAAACCCAAGUCCAUGUACAAGAAAUCUGCACCCAAAUCCAAGCCAGUUUCAGUCCCGGUGAAACGCAAAGCUGUCCCGCUGCAGACACAGACGGAGAAAUCAAAGCCAGCUGCUCCAGUGAUGAAGGUACAGGAACAUCCUGAAGAGACUGCUGUCCCACCGGUCCCGACAGAAGACAUCCAGUCGAUCGUCAAACAGAGACCAAAGUUUGAUCCGUUAGACUGGCUAGACUCCUUAUCUGAAGAGCCUGAAUCUCCAAAGCCAUUCAGCUCUCCCAAAAUGCAGUUGGAAACAUAUGGGAUCACCAAGGAGCUGUUUAUUGUGUUGUCAAGGACUCCAACAGCAAGUCCCGCAUCCACAGCGUCCUCCUUCAGUACUCAGGGUGGAGGCUUUAAGCCCAUUUUGGACCAGAGUGAUAUAAGUCCUGACGCUGCUGCCAGCCCACCCAAAGAUGCUGCAGGGGUGUAUCCCAUCUUUGGCACUGCUUCCAAAAGGUUAAGAAAUGCAGUCCUGCGGCCACCAGUUUCCUGCAGCACCCCCUCUGCCCCGACAGCAUCCCUGCUGACCAGUCCUGCAGUCAAAGAGCGACCUGUUCGCAGGAGGAAAGAGAAACAGGACGACGACCAGCUCAUCAUCGACGCAGGUCAGAAGCAGUUUGGAGCGACGACCUGCAGCUCCUGUGGGAUGGUAUACAGCUUAGACAACCCGGAGGACAACUUCCAACACAACCAGUUCCACCAGCGCUUCCUCGAGUCCAUCAAAUUUGUGGGAUGGAAGAAGGAGCGGGUGGUUGCCGAGUUCUGGGAUGGAAAAAUCCUCCUUGUUUUGCCAGAUGAUCCCAAAUAUGCCGUUAAAAAGGCUGAUGAUGUUCGACGUGUAGCUGAUAACGAGUUGGGUUUCCAGCAGAUGACCCUGAGCAGACCCGCGCAGGCCAAGACCUACCUGUUCAUCAACUCUGAGCGCAUGGUGGUGGGCUGCCUCGUCUCUGAGCCAAUCCGACAGGCUUACAGAGUCCUGGAGCAGCCGGAUCAUCCCAAAGACAUGACAAAGGACGACUUCAUGGAGCGACACCGAGCCUGGUGCUGCUCCGUCAUCCCCGAACAAGCUCUGUGCGGGAUCAGCCGGAUCUGGGUCUUCAGUCUGUCCCGACGACAGGGCAUCGCCACACGCAUGCUGGACACCGUCAGGAGCACCUUCGUGUACGGCAGCCACCUCACAAAGCAGGAAGUCGCCUUCUCUGACCCGACACCUGACGGGAAACAGUUUGCCACCAAGUACUCCAACACACCGACCUUCCUCGUUUACAACUUCAUUGCAUAAAGUGAAUAAAUAUCUCGAGGAUGCAUUUCUGUCUUAGCUGACAUGUUUGAUUAAACGUAUUGCAUAUUAACAAACCUUCUGGGCAAUCGUUAAAUUGUAUUUAGAAUGCAAAGCAGGUUUCUAAUGUGAACUAGGCUUUGGAUCGUGUUUAAGCUUUGGAUCGUGUUUAAGCUUUGGAUCGUGUUUAAGCUUCAGAUCUAUAGUUACGUUCCAUGUUCAGGUAUAAUGGCACACUUCACCCACAAAAUCAUCAUCUGUAGUCACCCUUGCUCCAGAAAAAGAAAGGUCCUUUUCUGGCAAACAUCCACAUUGGGGAAAAAAGGGGUUUCAUUUGAAUAGAAACACUACCAAACAAGCUGUUAAAUCAACAUUUAUUUCAAUACGUUUGUAUGCACACUACUUGCCAAACGCAUGCAUUUUGACCUAAACGUUUCUCUUUUAAAUGCUCUUUUAGUCAGAUCACAUCGAAUACAUUCAUGAAGACCUUUCUGUGUUUUUUUUUUAGAUUAACAAAAUGUACUUCACAUAUUCCAGUAAACGUGGCAGUUUUUGAUGAUUCAAAUGACUUUUUAGUGGGUGAAGUAUGUAGAGUUUUAGAGGGUAACGAGGCACCUGUUAUCGCUCAGUAUUUAUAUUCCGUUCUGCUGUUGAAUGUUGUCUAUAUUGGCAGCGCUUUGUAUUCAGAUGUUUAUAUUCUGCCUAAUGAGCAGCUUGAAAUUUGCAGGGACUGAAUGUUUUCAAUUUUUUUUGUAUGAAAUAAAGCUAGAGGCCUCCUUUUUGAUACGUUCUCCUUUUUAAGGUACUUCCAGUUUGAGGUUUUUCUGAACAUUUUUGUAAUGAAAAUGUGUUAAUAGGCCAUUUUACUUUGUAAAUACAUUAAUAAACAUAUUGCAUUUUCCUUAAA